AUGCAUUCUUCACCCCCAACGGCCACCGGGACGUUUCACUUCUCUACAUCUACUCACUCUUACCAAAUCCACUGGAGGUCUCUCGGCGAUUUCAACUCUCCUCCAUUGGUUUUUAUCCACGGCACCCCCUGGUCGUCUCGCGUCUGGAACUCCUAUGGCCUUUCCUUCGCCAAAUACUUCCAGGUCUAUCUCUUUGACAAUCCAGGUUUUGGCGCUAGUCCACUUGGCCAGCCCCUCCCCGACAAAAAAAAUGCCAUCACCGAUAAAAUCGCACUAGACGCGGAUCUAUCCCAGCAGUCCGAAGUUUUUGCCGCACUGUACAAACGCUGGCAAGCUAGUUGGGCCUCACACCAGCAAAAGGCGCAUGUUAUUGCGCACGACCACGGGGGAUUGAUGGCUCUAAGAGCGAACAUACUACAUGGGAGUGAAUAUAGCAGCUUGUGCCUGAUUGAUGUUGUUGCGUUGGGACCAUUCGGGCAGCCGUUAUUCAAGUUGAUUGCGGAGAACCAGAGCGUGUUUGAAGCAUUGACGGGGCCAGUGUUUGAAGGCGUUGUGGAGUCGUAUAUUCGUGACGCGGCGCAUCGGGAGCUGAAUAAGGAGACGAUGGAAAUGCUGAAGAGACCAUGGAUCGAGGAUGAGCAGGGAAGAAAAGGGUUUGUGCGGCAAAUGGUGCAGGCAAAUAGCCGGAGUACAAAAGAGGUAGAAGGCAGGUACCAUGAGGUCGGGGCAAAGAUGCCGGUGAGAAUUAUCUGGGGAAAGGAAGAUAAAUGGAUUCCUGUUGAGACGGCGGAAAGACUGAAAGACAAGUUGAAUGCUCAGGACAUUGUGUUGAUUGAGGAAGCGGGACAUCUGGUGAUGUAUGAUCAGGAGGGAAAAUUGGGGGUGGAGUUGGGCUGGUGGUUGAGUUCCGUGUCUCGUCACUGA